UCGUUCCCCAUUCGCAAUUUCGCACGCCACACCACACCACCACUGUCUCGAAACCCUUCCGCGCCUCCCCAGCCAUGGAGGCCGCGGUGGCGGCACUGGAGGCGGCCGCGGAGAAGACCGCCGGAGCGGCGUCGUCCGCGAAAGAGGCUGCGGUGGCGGCCUCGGCAGCUGCGACGGAGGCCGCAGGGGCGGCCACGGCUGCGAAGGAGGCCGCGAUGGCGGCCUUGGCUACCGCUGAGCAGGCGGCGGCGGCAUCGUCCGCAGCGAAAGAGGCCGCGGUGGCGGCGGAGGCUGCUGCGAAGGAGUCGGCAGCUGCUGCAGCGGCGACCGCGAGGGAGCUGGCAGCGGCGAUGCGCUGUUCUAAGAAGCGUAGAUUCCAUCAGAUCGACGACGGAGGGAGUCCCAGCGGCAACCGCGAUGACAGGGGAAACCUCGACCUCAUCAGCGCCCUUCCCGACGACGUCCUCGGCAGCAUCAUCUCCCGCCUCCCCACCGAGGACGGCGCCCGCACGCAGGUCAUCUCUCGCCGGUGGCUUCCCCUCUGGCGCUCCGCGCCACUUAAUCUUGUGGUUGAUUUUAGUGGCUCGGUCAGCAAGCUCAUCGCCUUCGUCUCGAAGAUCCUGUCUGAGCACCUUGGCCCUGCACGCCGCCUAUCGCUCAACUUGGGGAUGCCCUAUAGAGCCGACGUCCCCUUGUGCGGCCGGGAGCACAAGGUGGAGGAUUGGCUACGCUCUCAAGCCCUCAACAACCUACAGGAGCUCAAUCUCACCGACAUCAGGGACAUGCCGCUGUCCGUGUUCCGUUUCGCUCCCACGCUCUGCGUCGCCAGAUUAAUCCAUUGCGAUUUACCCAAAUCCAUUUCAACGCUGCGUCUGAAUUUCCCAUGCCUCAAGCAGCUCACCCUGCACGGGAUCUACAUAAUGCAGGAUGCUCUCCACAACUUGCUCUCUGGCUGCACUGCCUUGGAAAGCCUUGAGCUGACGUCUAUUUUUGGCAUAGGUGCCAUCUGCAUCAGCUCCCAAACUCUUAGGAGCUUAGCCUUCAGCCCUGAUGUCCUGUCGAGUAUUUUGCAGCUAGUAAUCAAGGAUGCCCCUUCUCUAGAAAGAUUGCUACCGCUAUAUCCACAGUGGGCUCCAGUGAUCCAGGUUAUCCACGCACCUAAACUGGAGGUAUUGGGUUUGCUAUCUCAAUACUUAUCCAAAGUCCAGUUCGGAACAACUAUUUUUGAGAAAAUGAUUGCUGUGAGCUUAACAACCAAAAUUCACACCAUGAAGGUUUUGGUUCUCCACUCUAUUGGGCCUAAUCUGGAUGCCGUUGUUGACUUCCUCAAGUGCUUCCCCUGUUUGGUGAGGCUGUAUGUCAUUUCACAGCCAACAAACGAUAUGAAUAAUGCAAGGGAGUAUGACCCGUUGGAUCCAAUUGAGUGCCUUGAGCUCCAUCUAAAGAAAGUGGUGUUAAUGAAUUACAAUGGCAGCAAGAGGCCAUCUGUUGAAUUUGCCAAGUUCUUUGUUCUGAAUAGUAAGUUGCUAAAAGAGAUGGAAAUCGAAGUUCUUAACAAGCGGAACGACAAAUGGAUGGCUAAUCAACGCAAGCAGCUAUGUGUGGAUAAUAGAGCUUCUCAAGAUGCUCGAAUUGAACUGAAAAUCAGUACUAAGAAAUCCGAUGUACCCAAGAUGGAUACCCAUGAUUUGUCAGUGGCUGAUCCCUUUGAAAGCGGAGCCUUUUGUUGAUACUACAAGUGUAGUUGAUGUCCAUCCCCAAGAUUGUGUUGUUUUGUUGAAAGCAGAGUUUUUGUAUGUCUGUAAUCUAAUGCUGUCCACCCUUCAGUCGCUCUAUGAUAUGAUGUAUGGCCAACUCAAGAAUAAACCAGGAUUGAGGAGGUGGUGUAACAAGUAUCUAAGCUCAGACUUCAAAUUGAAAGCUGGAAAGUUUAAGCUGCUAACAGAAUGCUAGUUUAAUCUGCUAAGUUAAGUUGGUAUUGGUUGUUCUGUUCAUGUUUGGGUGUUGUACUGUAAGCUGAUAAUAUCAGCAGCUACUAUAUCUCUAUUUUGAACGCUUGCUUUAAUGAAAAAGGAUGGUAUUUAUGCCUCUUGUCUAAAA